AAAGCGACCGGCAGCUCAGCAGUCAGCACACUCAACAGCCGUCUUCGACCUGUUCUCUUGUGUUCGUUGCACGCCAAGCACAAAGACUUCAGCCAUGAACGCUCUGGUUGUCGCAGCCCUCUUCGCCUGCGUGGCCCUGUCCUACGGCCAGUUCGAGUUUGGCGGUGGAUACGACGGCGGCGCUGGCGCUGGCGGCUUCGACAGCAGCUCGUUCGGGUCUCCCGACGGUGGCGCGCAGCUGGGCGGAGGCGACUUCGGUGGCGGCUUCGGCGGAGGCGACGCUGACGGUGCGGGCGCCGGCGCCGGUUUCGACACCUCCGGCUUCACUGGCGGCUUUGAAGGAUUCAAUGCCGCUGCCGCUUCCAACAGCCGCCCCCAGUUCGGCGGCUUCCAGAGCCAAUUCCAGGGAAGCCUUCAACAGGCCGGAGGAGCCCAGUCGUCUGUCGAGGCCCAGUAACGCCACGGUCCAAACGAGAGUCACAGCCUGGGGCGCACACCAACGACAGACCCCAUGUCGAAUUUCUCGCCAAGAAUUUCGACGGUUGUAUAGUGUUGAAUAAGCAAUGUAAAUAGUAUUUGCGUGCCUCGACCAGCGCGCCUGUAAAGAAUAAUCACGCGGUUUCAUUAAAAGCUCAUCGUUAAAAAAAAA